AUGGGGAUGGUUCUGAAGUGGGAAAGUUCUAUGGGAGAAGAGAGCGAUGAUGAGUGCCAUGUGCAACAUACCAAUGAUGAUGACAAAGAACAUUCUUAUGCUUCUGGAAGCAUUGUGUCAAAGGCUUGUUGGAAUCCUCUGAUGGAAAUGGCUGAAGUUAUAAUUCAGAAGGGUUCCCUUUGGAAGACAAGUGGAAUAGUUCGUAGUGGCAUGACCUAUUGCUUCAUCGAAGAAGUUUUGCAAGUGAAGUUGCUGCUUAAGUAUGAAGCUUUUUUCCCCUUUUAUUCUGAAGUAGGAGCUUUGCUUCUCUUCGAUGAUUGUGAUGCUUGUAUUUCCUUUGAAGAGGUGUACAUAAAGCUUUCAAAUGUUGCAAAUAGAAGCAAUGACUGUGUAUCUUCUAAAUGCUCCCCGGAGAGUGGAUUGAUAGACUUGGAAUCAAAAGACAACAGUUCCAUCAUUGGUAUGUUCUGUGGUAUACAGAUUAAUGAAUCUAUGCCAAAUUUUGAUGUUUAUCUACCAAACAAGAAGUUUAGAAAGUCUUCUCCUGGUGAUCCAAGCUUUAUUCUCUGCUUUACUAGAUAUUAA